AUGGCGUUCGUUAAAGUUGUUAAAAAUAAACAAUAUUUCAAACGAUUUCAAGUUAAAUCAAAACGACGUCGACAGGGCAAAACCGAUUUCAAAGCUCGUAAAGCUCUUAUUCAUCAAGAUAGAAAUAAAUAUAAUACACCAAAAUACCGUUUGAUUGUUCGUUUUACAAAUAAAGACAUUAUAUGUCAAGUUGCAUAUGCUCGUAUUGAAGGUGAUCAUGUUGUUUCAACAGCCUAUGCUCAUGAAUUACCUCGUUUUGGUGUUAAAUUGGGUUUAACGAAUUAUGCAGCUGCUUACUGUACGGGUUUAUUAUUAGCACGACGUAUAUUACAAAAACAUAAACUAGAUAGUAUUUAUUUGGGAACAAAGGAUGUGACCGGAGCUAAAUUCGAAAAUGAAGCAGUUGAAGGAAAACAAAGACCAUUUCGAUGUUAUUUGGAUGUUGGUCUAGCACGAACAAGUACGGGAGCAAAAAUAUUUGGAGCAUUGAAAGGAGCUGUCGAUGGUGGUCUCGAUAUUCCACACAGUGAACGUCGAUUUCCCGGCUAUAAUCGUGCAUCAUCUGAAUUUAAACCUGAUGUUCAUCGUCGUCACAUAUUUGGUUUACACGUUGCUGAUUAUAUGAAUUCAUUGAAAGACGACAAUUCCGAACUAUAUCAAAAGCAAUUUAGUCGAUUUAUCAAAAAUGGAAUUUCACCAGAUAAUUUUGAAGCCUUGUAUAAAGCAGCUCAUGCAGCUAUUCGUGCCGAUCCGUCACCACUACAAAAGAAAGAAAAGACUGGAGUCAAACCAAAACGUUGGAACAAAGUGAAAUUGGCUCGUUCAUCUCGACAAAACCGUGUACAACAGCGAAAAACAGCAUUCUUGAAAACAAUUACAGGCGAUGAAGAAUAA